ACAUUAUAUGUAUUGACAAACGUUAGAUACAAAGAAAUAGUCGUACCGAAAACCCGGCUGCCCUAGCCGGCCGACGGCGCUACAAUGGAAGGCGCUUUUACCCACCUGGGUAACCACCUUGUAUCCGACUCUGCUGCCGCUAUCAAUGCUGGCGACGAUGAUCUUUCUACUCUUGAUCCCGAUGAGAGCCUUCUCUAUGGAAAGUACAGCGGCCGUGGCGGACUAGGUACCGCAAGGCGAAGAAAUGACGAUGACGAUAACGAAACCGAGGUUUUUGACGACGACGAUAACGAGAGCGUGGCUAGCGUUCCUGUUGGGGCUAUGAAGGCUCUGAACCUUAAGGUCCCCGAAGAAGACAAGAAACUACCCCCACACGCUUGCGCGUAGGUUUCUCACAGACGAUUAAGCGAAAAGUUCAUUGGAUUGUUAAUGUGUUGGUUGCAGGUAUUGCGGUAUCCAUUCUCCUGGCUCGGUAGUUAAGUGUCUUGCUUGCAAUAAGUGGUUUUGUAGCGCUCGAGGAAAUGCAAGCUCUUCGCAUAUUGUCAAUCACUUGGUUCGAGCU